AUGGGGAUCAAAUCCAAAUACGAAUUCAUAUUAAGUUACUUUAGCAGAAAUAAUCAGGAGAAAGUUAUAGUUUAUGAAGUAGACAAACUUUUCCAGACGGGUCGGAGAGAGUACAGGCUCCGCUGUUACAGAACUACAGAGAUAGGAGGAGGAGGAGGAGUUGGUGGAGAUGGCGGUGAGAAAAAAGCGUGUACUGGAGCUCGCUUAGGUGCUGGUGGUCUGCGGACUGUUGGUCUUCGCCGUCUGCCAAGAGUCUUAAGCACCCUUGUGGGUCGUCUUGCGAGGGUGUCUGCCACUGCUCUUGGUUGGGAGUGUAUUAGUCGGCCGCUUGAAAUCUCGAGGUAUUGGGACUUGGAUGUCAAGGCUAUAGUGGCUAGCAUGGCUGGUAGUGGGUGUUCUAGUGUUAUGCCGAUAAUUCUUGGUGGAGCAGGACUAGGUGAAGGUGGUGGGUCGGUGGAUGGCCAGGGUUUGCAGAUGGCUUCUCAAGAACCUGAAGAUCUUGAGCUUGUCGAAGUACCUAAGGUGGGCAUGUCGUUCCCGUCAAUUGAAGAUGCAUUUGAUAUGGUACAAAAGUAUGCGUUUUCUGUGGGUUUUGGAUUUGUGAAAUUUUCUCAUUCAACCAAUAAAGCGGGAAUUUGUGUUUAUCAUAAGUUUGCUUGUCACAAGGGAGGGACGAGGAAGGAAAGAAAUUACAAGAGGGAAAGGAAAAGACCAGUGGCGAGAACUAAUUGUCCGGCUAAAGUUAAUCUUGCACAAAGAGAGGGUGGUCGAUGGAAAAUUACACAAGUGAAUGUGGAACACAAUCAUGACAUGGAUCCAAGAAAUUCUCGGUUCUUAAAUGCGCAUAGGACUGUGCCAUCACUUUUAAAAAGAAGAUUCGAGAUGUUUGAUGCAACUGGUGUUAAGAUGAGCAAAGUCAUUAGAGCAGUAACUGCAGAAGCUGGUGGGCCAGAGAACAUGCCUUGUCUACCUAGAGAUUGUCGUAAUUAUGUUGAUAAAGCUCGGAGGGAAAGAUUUGGAGGAGUUGAUGCUGAAGCUCUUUAUAUCCUUUUUACAAGGAUGCAGAAGGUUAGUCGAGAUUUUUAUUUUGAAAUUGAUGCUACUGUAGAUGGUAGGAUGAAAAAUGUGUUUUGGAUUGAUGAUAGGAGUCGUGCAGCUUAUAAGGAAUUUAAUGAUGUAGUAACUUUUGACACCACAUAUUUGUUAAACAAAUAUAAAAUGCCAUUUGCCCCAUUUGUUGGAGUAAACCACCAUGGUCAUUCCAUAUUAUUAGGGUGUGCUUUGAUUAGCAAUGAAGAAGCUAAAACAUUUGAAUGGUUGUUCAAAACUUGGUUACAAGCAAUGGGUGGAAAAGCACCCGAAGCCAUAAUAACAGACCAAUGCCCUAGUAUAGGAAAGGGAAUUAGUAUCGUAUUCCCACAUGCUAGGCAUAGGUGGUGUUUGUGGCAUAUUCUUGUAAAGUUUCCUGAAAAAUGUGGGGGAUUUAAGAAGUAUGACGAAUUGAGAAAGGCAUUUUUGGAUGUAGUAUAUGAGAACCUGAUUGUGGAUGAGUUUGAAAAUAAAUGGGCUCAAAUGAUAAAAGAUUUUAAGUUGGAAGAAAAUAAUUGGUUUCAAACUUUGUAUGAAGGAAGAGAGAAAUGGGUACCUGUUUUUUUAAAAGAUAAAUUUUGGGCGGGAAUGUCUUCCUCACAGCGAAGUGAGAGUAUGAAUGCAUACUUUGAUGGGUAUGUACAUAGCAAAACACCACUAAAAUCAUUUGUGGAGCAGUAUGAAAUGGCAUUGGGUGACAAAAUUGAGAAGGAAAUAUUCGCUGAUGCUCAAUGCAUGAAUGCAGAUAUUCGAUGUAUGACUACGUUUGAAAUGGAGAAACAGUUCCAGAAAGCGUACACCCAUAAUUUGUUUAAGAAGGUACAAGAUGAGCUUAUGGCAAUGGUGUAUUGUGAAGCAGAUUUAGCAAUUGAAGAUAGUCUUGUAUUUGAAUACAAGGUGACAGAAAGAAAUGAUAUAGGUGGAGGAAAAGUGAUAAUGAAGGAUUACAAGGUAUUAUUUGAUAGUUCUACCAUGGAGGUUAAUUGCAUAUGUAGAUUGUUUGAUUGGAAGGGCUUUUUAUGUAGACAUGCUUUUAAGGUUCUAUUCAAGAGAAACUUGACACUAGUACAUGAAAGGUACAUAUUAAGACGAUGGAGGAAAGAUGUCGAAAGGGAACACGGUAACAUCAAACUUCUUGGAAUUGGAGUGUCACUAUGUAGAAAAUGUGAUAGAGAAUGUAUCAAAAGAUUUAUUAGAUGGUACAUGGAUAAAAUCUCUAAGCGGAGAAAUAGUAGAUAA